CUUCAACGUCUGCAAUAAUAUAAACUUGAUAAACAAUAACAAUAACUGUGUGCCACCUAUUAAUCUUCAUUAUUCAAUUUGCAUAGUUUAUUUUGUGUGUGAAAAAUCAAGUGUGUCUAUCGUCAUAUAGCGUGAGGAGACAGAUGGAAUCCCACCAGAAAACCCCAAACCACAAGCCAAGAUUUGAGCUUUUUCAUAUUCCUUACAUUUAUAAGUGAGCUACCCUUUCUCUCUCUGAGUAGUAGACCAAAAAUUGGAAUACAUCGUUUUUGGUUGGCGGAUUGAAUCAGCUCAACCCCCCUUCGAAAUUCGAUUGUAAGCUGAUUUUUUUGCUGCCUGGAAAAAAUGGUGGGGAUUUUCUCAAGAUUUUCUGGCAGAGGUAGCCAUCGCCGCACUCAAAGUUCUCUUGAUGAAAGGGGAGUAUUGCCUUGUAGCACAGAUGCUCCAACCACUGCUAUCUUGUCGACAGCUACGUCUGCUGUUCCCCAUGGGAUUGAAGUAGCAGUUGAGUUUAAGCCCGUUGAACAUCCAAGUGAGCCUCUCGACAGUGACCAACCUAUCCUCUGUCCACAACCCGAGCCUUCCAUUCUUAAUGAUGGAAGGAUCUGGAAGGAAAGAGCAUCGUCAGGUGUAUCCCGAAGGGUGGAGACCCCGGUUUUGGAGGAACAGAUCGACAGCGAACCCGAGACUCCAAGAACGAAGCCUCAGCCUCCUCGACGCAUUCUGCCAUCUAUGAGUGCUCCCGAGCACAACAUCCUCAAAUUGCUGGAAGAGUGUAAUGCAUCUGGAAUAAGCUUCAAUACUUGAUCAAUAUCAACAACCUUUCUUUUUAUUUUUGUAUAAAAACCUUCACCUUGUUGUUUUACCUUGUCAAAGUGGUUUUAUAGAUUGAUUACUGGUGAAUUUGAAAAGUGAAUUUGAUUAA